AUGGAGGCACAAAAAGAGAAAGAGCGACUGAGGAAGGAGCUUAUUGAGGUGCUGCGUACAGAUAAACUCCAGCUGCAGCAACAGCUGGCUCACACAGAGGAACUCCUAAAGCUGCAGGAGGAGAAAAUCCAACAAGUCAAACCUGGUAAUGAAAUAGAGGAGGAUAAAAAUUGCUCACUGCCACCCAUGGAUGGAUUCCCAGACUGUAUGGGGAAAUUGAAGUGGAUGAAGCAGAUGUGGAAGACUGACCCUUGCUACAGUAGUUACGGGGUCAAUGGAUCUCUGUGCUCCAUGCUUUACUACCUUGGUGAGAUAGAGUCCUGGUGUCCGAUGCUUCCAAACCGAGUGACUCCCGUACCUGAAACAGAAAAGAUGGUGUCUGAUCAUGCAGUGAUGCGGGAAAGUCUAACAGAUCUGUAUCCAUCUAUGGAUAAAAAAAAACAGUACCGUUGGAUUCGCCAAAGAAUUCGCAGUAUGGAAAGGAUAUGGGUCGAGGCUGGACGCUCUCUAUCAGCCAAAUACAAUCUCACAGAGAGGAAAGCUAAACAGAUUCUCGUGCAUCCCGGAGCAAUAACAGAUGAAUCGGGUGUUAAAAUAGCAGAGAGUGCCUUCAAUGGGGGUCCCCUUGGGGAACUAGUCCAGUGGAGUGACCUCAUCUCCACACUUUACAUCCUGGGGCACCAAGUUCAUCUUACUGCGUCCAUACCCGACCUCAAGCACUUUUUCGCGAUUAAGUCAACUAGCUGCCCACCUCGUCGUACAAAAGUGGAAGCAAACCUGAUCUAUACCGAUAUUGUCGGUCUUAAACAGAUUCAACAAGUGCUAAACAAAUCUUGGAUUAAAUACAGGUGCAUGAUUCGUGUGGUGGACACUUUUGGCACUGAGCCAGACUUCAAUCAUCUAGCUUGGGCCAACAAGCACAAACUUACGGGUCCUUUCGGCCGUCUGAACAUGAUCCCACUGCAGUUCUACACCAUGUUUCCUCAUACACCAGACAACACAUUCCUGGGUUUUGUGGUGCAGAGCCCGCUGAAUUCUGAACAAACUACAGAGUUAAAGUCUUAUGAAAGAAAAAAACAAGCACUUGUGUACGGCAAGAGAUCCACUUUUUGGAAGGGUAAAAGGGAUUACCUGGAUGUUAUCCACAAGUACUUGGAGAUCCAUGGGACGGCUGAUCACAGUACAGACAUUCCACCCUAUGUGAAAAACCACGGCAUUAUCAAAGGCACUGAGGUUCAGGCCUUACUGAGACAGAGCAAGGUUUUUGUUGGAUUGUCUUUCCCAUAUGAAGGCCCCGCCCCUUUAGAAGCCUUAGCCAAUGGCUGUGCUUUCCUCAACCCCAGGUUACACCCUCCAAAGAGCAGCCUGAACACAGAGUUCUUCAGGGGAAAGCCCAACAUCAGAGAGGUGACAUCCCAGCAUCCAUAUGCCGAGGCGAUAGGAGAGCCCUACGUAUAUAUGGUAGAUAUGGACAACUCCACAGAUGUAGAGAGAGCUCUCACUGCUAUCCUCAAUCGGACUAUUGAGCCCUACCUUCCCUAUGAGUUUUCCUGUGAAGGGAUGCUCCAGAGGCUCAGCGUCUUGAUUGAAAAACAGGAUUUCUGCAACAACACGGGGAGCUGGCCUCCACGUAGCGCGCUCCAGGUUGUGAAGGCAGCAACUAACAUUUCUUGUAAACAGACAUGCCAGGAAGCAGGGCUGAUCUGUGAACCUGCAUUCUUCCCACAUCUUAACAACGCAGAGAAUCUUGCCAACUACAGUGUAAAUUGUCAAACAUCGGAGCAGUCUGACAGUAACUUGGUGUUUCCGGCCUACAACAACAGCAGUAAACACUGUGUGUUCCAGUCUGACCCGCUGCUCUUCAGCUGUGUGAGAUCACACCAUUCCUUGACUCGUAUCUGCCCCUGUAGAGACUACAUUAAGGACCAGAUAGCCCUAUGCAAAUCAUGUGUCUGACUGCUGGGUUGAAAACAAAUCUCCAUGUGUCCAUGUCUCUCAUAAAUGUUUUGUUUGUUGUAAUUAAACCGCACCCCAAGGAGUCAUAAAAUCACAGGGCAGCACCACUGUUUCAUACAAAAGGGCCAGUUGGACUGCAUUCAUUUUCAGAUAGUGUUAACAAGUAUUUGACUGAAGGAAUGCCAUAACUUUAUUCACUUCUGCAAUUUAUAGCACCUGCCAUGGUUAAUGUGUAUUUAUUUAUGUGCAACUAUGAUGCUAUUUGCAGCCAUUUGAAAGAUUUGUUGCAAACCA